AUGGCCUGGUUGGUGGAGCUCUCGCAAUUCGACAUAACCUUCAAACCGAGAGGACCGAUCAAAGCUCAGUGCCUGGUCGAUUUUGUGAACGAGCUCCACCCCUACGGUCAUUUCGAGGAGCAAUGGUGGACCCUCCAUGUGGAUGGUUCGUCAAAUUGCCGAGGAAGCGGAGCAAGUGUAAUUCUGGAGGGACCCAAAGGGAUAGUUUUGGAACAAUCCCUCCGCUUUCGGUUCAAGGCUUCCAACAACCAAGCCGAGUAUGAAGCCUUACUGGCCGGACUGAGACUAGCCGAAGACAUGGGAGCCUCGAGAGUCAAAUGUUUGACCGACUCCAAAGUUAUGGCCGAGCAGGUCGGCGACAAUUUCCAAGUGAAAAACCACAACAUGAUGAAGUACUAUCAUGCCUAUCAAAAGUUGAAGACGAACUUUCAGGAGGUGUCGGUCGAGCACAUCCCACGCGAAGACAACACUCGAGCCGGUCAGUUGGCUAGGUUGGUCGCGACUAAAAAGUCAGGCCAUUUGAGAACGAUCAUUCAGCAAGAGAUCGACCACCCUAGUGUCGAUGCAGAAGUGGUUGCAAAUGUCAAUGCCGACCGUGACGAUCAGGACGACUCCCAAGAUUGGCGAGCCGAAAUCAGAGCGUUUCUCAUAAAUGGAACCACGCCGACCGAUCCGACCGAGGCCAAACGGCUAAGAACCCAAGCCAACAGAUACGUUGUCAUUGCCGGCCAGUUGUACAAACGCGGUUUUUCUACCCCGUUACUCAAGUGCCUAAACUCCGUCGAGGCUGACUACGUGACGAGAGAAGUACACGAGGGUAUAUGCGGAAUGCAUUCGGGAGCGAGGACGACCGUCUCCAAACUCUUACGAGCCGGGUACUAUUGGCCUACCAUGAUCACCGAUUGCGCAACGUUCGUAAAGAGAUGCCAACCAGGUCAGAGACAUGGCAACUUGAUUCAUCAACCGGCCGAGCAGCUACAUUGCAUUCCUCCAGCAUGGUCAUUCGCCACUUGGGGGGCCGACAUACUCGGACCCUUCCCAGUUGCCAAGGGACAAUGCAAAUUCCUCAUCGUCGUCGUGGAUCUAUUCACCAAAUGGAUCGAAGCCGAGCCCCUGGCAUGUAUCUCGGCUCAUCAAGUCCAGAAAUUUCUAUGGAGGAAUAUCAUCACCCGAUUCGGUGUCCCACACACCCUGAUGACCGACAACGGCCUUCAAUUUACCGACCAGAAAUCAACGAGUUCCUAA